AUGCGAACAACGACCUGCAGCGACUUUUCUCAGGUAUCGCGAGCGAGAUAUCGCAGUCCUCGAAUGCGCGAAGCGAUGAUGUCGGCGUCUCUCUCUCUUCGAUCGUUGAAACGACUACUUCAAGACCUCACGACACUGUAUGGCAAGCACCGGACCGGCAUCUCGCGGACGGCGUACCUUUCCAUACUCACGGUACUGAUCUACCGCAUCCGCAAUGCUGUCAAAGAGCAAAAGGCCGCAGUGGCGGAAGCACAAGAGGCCCGUCGGCAAGGUCGCGCGGCAGGGAAGCAGACCGGGGAUGGAGCAGAUCCGACGACGAAGAGGAGGAAGGUCGAGCUUGACAGGGAGUUCUUCCGCAAUCUGGGAAGGCUGUUGAGGAUAUGCAUACCGGGGUGGAGGAGCUAUGAGGCUCGACUGCUGGUGCAGCACUCGUGCUUCUUGAUCGCAAGGACGAUGAUCAGCUUGUACAUUGCGAGACUCGACGGAAGACUCGUGCGAGACAUCGUUCGCGGCCGGGCGAAGAGCUUCCUCAAGUCCCUGGUGUGGUGGAUGCUGGUCGCUGUCCCCGCCACGUUCACCAACUCCAUGUUGACCUGGCAUCAAACUGCCCUCGCGCUGGCAUACAGGAGCCGCUUGACGAACCAUAUUCACAACAAGUACUUGGGCAACAUGACCUUCUAUACGCUUUCUGCUCUCGACGACCGGAUCAAGAACGCCGAUCAGCUGAUUGUUGUGGACGUCUCGAAGUUCUCCAACUCUCUUGCACAGCUUUACUCAAGCCUUACCAAACCAAUUCUCGACAUUGCAAUCAACAGUUGGUCGAUCACGCGAAGCGUUGGGACGGAUUCGUUCCUUGGAGUCAGCAUUGCGGUCCAUCUCAGCUCGCUUCUCUUGCGCGCUGUCACGCCACCAUUUGGCAAAUACGUUGCGGAAGAAGCGAAGCUGGAGGGCGAGUUCAGAUUCCAGCACUCCCGCCUAAUAGACUAUAGCGAGGAGAUUGCACUUUACUUUGGUCAUGAAGCGGAGAAGGACGCCGUGGACAGGAGCUAUUUCACGCUCAUCAAGCACGUCAACCGCAUACUGAAACGCAAGCUGUGGCAUGGUAUCAUGGAAGACUAUGUCAUCAAAUAUACCUGGACCGCGCUUGGCUAUGUCUUGUGCGCUGUGCCGGUCUUUUACAAGCGAGCUGAUCUUGGUCCAAGCGAGCAGUUUGGGGAUGUUUCAGAGAACUUGAUGACUACUCGGAGGUUAUUGAUCAACUGCAGUGAGGCUUUCGGGAAGCUCAUGACUAGCUACAAGGAUAUCUCGCAGCUUGCAGGCUAUACCAGCCGGGUCAGCACGCUUCUGGAUGUCAUUGCAGACACCGAGAGAGGCCACUUCGAGAAGGCCUUGGUUUCUUCGGCUUCCAUUGAAGAGAACGCUGCGGUGCUAGCGGGACGCGGCGAGCUCGAGGAAGGCGAUGACAUCAAGUUCGAAGGCGUACCGAUCGUAAGUCCGAACGGAGACGUGCUUGUCAAGGCUCUGUCGUUUCACAUCCGCAACGGCGAUCACCUGCUCAUUGUGGGACCGAACGGGUGCGGAAAGAGCUCAUUGUUCCGCAUAUUGGGAGGCCUGUGGCCAGUAUAUGGAGGUCUAGUUCGAAAGCCGCCCAGCGAGGACAUCUUCUACAUCCCCCAAAGACCGUACCUCAGCAAGGGAACGCUGAGACAACAGAUCCUGUACCCCGACACAUUACUCGACAUGCGAGCACGCCAUGUCACUGAUAAUGACCUUGCGGAUAUUCUACGUCGGCUCGGUCUACAGCAUCUUCUGCGAGCCCAGCACUCGAAGCAUGCAGACUCGACAUUCGAAUACGUCGAGAACGCAGGCCAUCUAAAGCCAUCGGCAGCGCUGGAUACUGAAGCGGAAUGGACAUCACUCCUCAGCAUGGGCGAUCAGCAACGCAUCGCAGCCGCCCGGCUUUUCUACCACAAGCCCAAGUACGCUAUCCUCGACGAAUGCACGAGCAGCUUAACACCAGAGAUCGAACGAACCAUCUACACCGAAGCCAAGCGUCUUGACAUCACACUCAUGACUGUUUCGCAUCGGCGCAGUUUGUGGCGGUAUCAUGGAUGGAUUCUGCAGUUCGACGGACAAGGGUCGUAUGUCUUUACGAAACUUGAUGCCGAGAAGAGGCUUGCGCUGGAGGAUGAGCGGGAGGAGAUUGAGAUGCAGUUGAGGGCUAUGCCUGAGAUUGAGAAGAGGAUCGCUGAUUUGGAAGCUGGUGGUGCGGGUGUGGUGGAGAGUGAGGCGGCUGCGAGCUAG